AUGAUUCGCCUUGUUACCGUUUUCAGCGCUUUAAACUCCCUUUUUGUUGUCCUUUUUAAGGUUCGAAAAAUUGAAUCCCGCUGCAAAGGCCUCGCUCGUCGGCAAAAUGAACAGGAGCUUCGAAUGAGCGAGAAGGAGAAAGAGAUCGAACGUCUUAUGGAUCAGGAGCGUGAACUCAGGCGAGAACUUCGCAACUGGCAACAGAGAGUUUUUCAAUUGGAAGCUGAGACGCAGGAAAUUCGCCACAACUACCAAAUAGCCGAUUUGGAAAUGAAAUCACGGCUUCUGGAAGCCAGCAUUCAGGCUGCCGAUCCCACGGCCAGAGUCAAACCAGAUAUACAGAAUCCCGUCAGUCUCUUCUCCGAAGACCUUCUCCGACUUAAAACUAGUGGAGAUGAAUCAGAUCAUACCAACACCACAACUCCAAGCACUCCUAUAGUGUCUGUCCCGGUACAAUCCACACAAGAGGAGCACCAUUUACCACCGAAGUUUACAAAGCCUUCUUUGCGUGGAAGACCAAGAUUUGCUUCCACAACGAAUCUCUCGCGAUUCACUUCUGCAUCUUCAACCCAACAGAAAAUGAAUGAGGGAAUCAGUGAGGACUCUGAUGAUUUCACCUUUUGGUUAAAAAUUUGUACUGUUCUUACUAUUAUCUUCUACACUUUCUGCGGUGUGAUUGUAUUUCUGCUCCGUCGAAUUAUUGGUGAUGCUUUAAGCGAAGCUUUGAAUAAGGUCCCACAUCGACCACAGCCUGAAAAAGUUGUCCCACUCUCUAAUCCUGUUGCAAUCACCAAUCUCAUUCAUCAAUCUAAGGAUAAACGCCUGGAGUUUACUCUGUCUCUCACUAAAAAUGUUCAGGUGUUUGUCCUUCGAAAUGUUCCCCUAUCAAGUUUUCAUGAAGUCAUGGUUGCCUCCGCCUCAAAGUUCCAUCAAUUCGUUGUUGAAAUGGCUUCUGAAAGUUUUUCGGUGACUUCGUCUAGUAUGCAUGUCAAGACCAAUGAUUGCCAGGUGCCUUACGAUAAGUUUCGAACUUCGUACGAUCUUGUAUUAGUUUUCUUUGAUGAAAAUGACGUAGUAUGUGCAUCAGAGGAGGAAAAGGUUCUCUUCUCUUUUCAUAUGAUCCAUGUUAAGCAGUAUGAAGAGGAACGAAGACCAACUCAGCUUCUCUUCUCGUACUGUAAAACUAGCCGUGAUCGGUUGAUUUGCAUCCGAAAAGUCUUCGCUUCUGAAAAUUCUGAUACAGGCGAGAAGGCUAAUCGACCAGAAUGUUCGGUUUGCUUGUCAGAAGUUGCCGAUGUGAUAUUUGUGCCGUGUCGACAUUCACCAAUGUGUCAAAACUGUUUGUCCGGUUUUCUAAUCAACACAAGAUGUCUCCACUGUCCCAUUUGCCGGGUUGCAAUAUCAGAGAUCAAACUAGUGUGA